AUGGGCGAAACUGUUUGUUUAGAUGGCGAAGAAGAUCUCACCAAGUUCUAUGGGUACCGCAGUUGUGCUACGAGGCAGAACCACGUCUUCUGGGACGUGGUGCAGUACCCAAUCCCUCCUGGUGCCAAUCUUAAAUCUGUUAAAGCUAAUAUCAGAGCAGCUCUCGAUCAGUUGGGACUUGAUAGUUGUGAGACUAUCACUGCGUAUGGUGACAGAAUGAGCCACAGCAAAGAUGAUCUGCGCAAUUCCCGCAUCUUACACUUACCACAAGGUGAAUUGGCUGUGGACCUUCUUUAUGGAGCACACACGUGGUCUCCACUAAAUAUUAUGGUAAUCCCAAGACCAGACACGAAAAGUGAGCUGCACAGGGUUCUCAAGUGUUUACAGUCGAGACAUCACAAUAUUCUCCUAGUAAACCCCGAUGCACCGUUUCUAUUUGAUCCUGUAUCUUGGGAGUCAAUAGUUGAAUGUACACAAGAUUUAGAUGGAGGAAAGCCUAUCAUUGGAGGGAGAAGAACCGGAGAUGAUACUCCUGUGAUCAAAGAUUUUCCCAGUCUCACCUUUCUGUUUGAUUCUGUGUCUGAAAGUCCUGGGAGGACGGCAUUCGUCUUCUGGGACGUGACCAAGUACUCAAAACCUACUGAAGCCAAUAUCCUAUCUGUUGGAACUAGUAUCAGAGAAGCUCUUCAACGGCUCGGCCAUCAUGGUUGUGUGGAAAUCCUGGCGUUUGGUGCUGACCAACUGGAGCAGGACCCCAGCGAACGUGACUUUUACAAAGAAGACAGAAUCAUACGCAUACCACAAGGGUUAUAUACAAAGGCUUUGGACCAUUUCGCAAAUUUGUCAAAUCCAGGACCUUUGAUGGUAAUCCCAACACCAGACCAAGAUGAUCCGCAGCACUGGCUUCUUAAUAGAUUUUUGGGGGAGAGACAUUUCGAUCUUCUCUCAGUAAAGCCGCCUGCUGAUGAGGGCUUGCCACAAGAUGCUCUAUUUCUUCAUUAUCCGGAUGAAAUACUUGGUUGUACAGAUGGUGUUUUUGAAGGAAAACAAAUCACGAGAGGGAGAAGAAAGAUGAAAGAUAUCCGUGUGAUCCAAGACUUCUCCAAGCCAAUCACAUUCGAGAAUAGGGCAACGCCAGGCGUGUUCGUGUUCUGGAACCUCGAGGAUUUCCCAUUCCCUACUACUGGUUGGACUCCUGAUGCGAUCUAUGAGAAAAUCGAUUCAGCAUUUCCUGGUGCUGGUUAUGAGUUGAGUAUAUGGGCUUAUGUUAAGGACGAGCAAGGGUCUUGGGGUGGGGAUUUCCUGACGAACAAGACUUGGGAGUCAAGUAUCUACUUCCUUCCCGGAGGAGGGGAUAAAUCCGCGAUACGUAAUAGAAUGUUACAUGAUAUCUUUUUAUGGAAAGCGGACGUGGAACCUGAUCCAGCAAAUCUGUUCAUAGUAGCCAACGUAGCUGAAGUAGUACAGGACGACGAGUUCUCCUCUAUCAUUGACCUGUUGCAACGGAUGCAUUACAAAGUUUCCGUUGUCCCUGGCUCUUUUUUCGAAUUCUAG